UGACAACCUUCACUCUCUGUCUGUAUGCUGGCAUUAGCAUCACAGUGAGGUGAUCAGAGGUGCCGAUAUGGGGGAGGGGAAUGGCUUUGUAUGCUCCUUUUUCCUGUGUGUAGACCAGGUCCAAUAUGUUUUCUCCCCUUGUUGGAAAAUGUACAUGCUGAUGAAACUUUGGGAGAACAGUUUUAAGAUCAGCGUGAUUAAAGUCUCCUGCGAGGAUGAUGAAACCGUCUGGGUGUGCUGUUUGUUGCUCACUGAUGGCCUGAUACAAUUUGUUCAGCGCCGCAUUUCUAUCGCUGUUGUUGCUAGAUGGAGGUAUAUAAGUAGCGACCAACAAGAUCGAACUUACCUCCCUGGGCAAGUAGAAGGGGCAGCACUUCACUAUCAUGAACUCCGCCAGUGAUGAGCAGUGUUUUCGUACUACAGUGACAUCACGACACCGCUCGUCAUGGAUGUAAACACAGACCCCACCACCUCGGGUCUUGCCUCCGUCUACGAGAGCCCUGUCGGCUCUGUAGCAUGCUAGCUGCUCCAGCUGUAUGGCCGAGUCCGGAAUGUUGUCAUUAAGCCAUGUCUCAAUGAAAACAAGCACACAACAGUCAUUUACUCUGCGAUUCGCUGAUCUCAGAAGUCGUACGCUGUCCAUUUUAUUGUUCAGAGAUCGUACGUUGGCCAAGAGUAGCGAUGGAAUGGCUGGGCGAGUUGGCUUAGCAUCAAGCCUGACUCAGACACCUCCGCGCUUUCCCCGCUUCCUUGUCCUAGCGCACCGCUUUCGACGUCUCCUUGCCCAGCGAGGGGUAGCAGGCGAGUCCUGUGGGUUGCUAGGCCAGCUAGCAGGCUGUUGCAGAAGUCCUAUUUCCCUUAACACCUCAACGUUAGUGUUCAAAACUUGGCAGAUCUUGCUUCUCCGAAUGUGUAAGAGAGCCUGACGACUGUACACAUAUUCCGACGUGGACUGGCAAGAAAUACUUGCAGAAAGACACUUACUUGACAAACAAAACACCGCAUUUUCAGGAGAGCGUGAGGUCGCUGCAUCUACACGCACCACCAUCUAUAUCUAUGUAUCUAUGUAUUUGAGGACAGGUGGAGUCUGAACAAUCUGUUUGUAGGGAAGCCAGACGAAACAGAGAAAAUAGAUAAUGUAAGAUGUAGAGAAAGCAAAUAUAUAAUCACACUUUUGUUCAGUGGAGGCUGUGGAUGGUAGAGAUUGGAGUUUAACAAGAUAGUUAGCUAAUCUAACAGUUAGCUUCUACUAGCCGAGAUAUUCUCUGCUGUUUUCUAGAUGCUAAACCAACAGCAGCUUUCCGCGUUGCAAGUCAUGAUGGGUGAGUCCAUGAAUGUUAGUGACAGUGUUACAGAGAUCUGUCAGGUUUUUCAAAUCCUAGAGUUUCACUGUCUAAUUUUUAUCAGUGAGAGGCCUCCUUUAACCGGGGAAGCAAACAAUGUAGGUUUCAUCAACGUAUUCUCACACCUGAAGCGUCCAAACAUUAUGUUGAGGGACCAAGCUUUUGUUUUCGAUGCAUUAGGAGCAUCAGGAGGCGUCGGUUUCCGACACCUGCGAUAACAUUUCACUGACAUUUAACCUCUAACCUCUUGCUAUUUAACUUUCCCCUCACCCCCAAACUAACCAUAACCUUGUUUCUCAUUCUAAACUUCCUGUUAACAAUGUUUGAGAGGGAUGUUACAACUAGAAACUAAGUUUUGCAUGCGCAAGUGGGUUAAGCUUAGGAUGGGGGAGAGGGGAAGAUUAAAUAGCAAAAGGGUAAAGGUCAGAAUUCGGUGAAAUCUCCGUUUUCUCGUGGAAUUUGGAAAGUGACGCUCUGGCACAGCUCCCAAAACAAACGCUUGGUCACCCGUCAUCAGUUUUUGACACUUUGAGUGUGAGAAUGUGUUGGUUUCAUGGGGGAUUUCACAUCCACAAGGCUACUGUGGGUGAGGUACUAAUUCACUGCUUCAUCAGCUGCAGGAAAGAUUGGUUGAGAACCUGUGAUGAGAGCGUGUGGGAAUAUGAAUAUUCAUGUCUUCCAGGAUUAGGAUAUUUGCAUGGGGUUGCAGAUGGUUGUAUAUAUGACGAAUCAGCAUUGUUGUUGAGGAUGAAGAUUCUUCUUCCUGAAGGAAAAUGAUGGAAAACAUGAACUCAUUUUUGACAAAAGCCUUUUUGCCUUUUAUUCUACUGUGCUUCCUGCACUGCGCUCACGGAGACCUGACCUAUUCAGUCGAAGAGGAGCUGAAACACGGAUCUGUCAUUGGAAAUAUCGCAAAGGAUUUGGGACUGGAUUUCGGGAGACUGGCUGCGCGUAAAGCGCGUGUCGAAAUGGAAGGAACUGAUAAACAGUAUAUAACAAUCAACCAGAAAAAUGGGGAUGUGGUCGUUGUAGGGAGGAUAGACAGAGAGGAGCUUUGCGGGGAGAAGCCGACAUGUGUUCUCAAAUUCGAUCUGCUUUUAGAAAAUCCUCUGGAAUUACAACGACUGUCUCUCCAGGUGCAGGAUAUAAACGAUAAUUCACCCGUUUUCCAAAAGGAUGUAAUGAAGCUGGAAAUCAGAGAAUCCGCUGUUAAAGGAGCGAGGUACCGUGUGACUGCUGCUCAUGAUUCAGACAUAGGCCAGAACUCCGUUCAAAGCUACGUUUUGAAACAAAACGCGCACUUCGUGUUUAAUAUUCAGACAUCCAGCAGUGGCAGCAAAUAUGGAGAGCUGGUUUUGGAUAAAGAGUUAGACCGAGAAGAUCAGAACGAACUGAGACUGCUGCUCACAGCUGUAGAUGGAGGAUCUCCUCCUAAAUCUGGGACUGUAGUUAUUCAUGUCACUGUGCUGGAUGCUAACGAUAAUGCUCCCGUUUUUACCGAGUCUGUUUAUUCAGCCAGGUUACCGGAAAACUCUCCAAUUAACACCCCAGUUGUUACAGUUAGUGCAACAGAUGCAGAUGACGGUGUUAAUGGAGAGGUCACGUAUGAAUUUAGCCGACUAUCUGAUAAAGCAGGGAAGCUUUUUUCUAUUGAUCAGAAAUCUGGAGUAAUCUUUGUAACAGGUGAUGUAGAUUAUGAAGAAGGUCCUAGAUAUGAAGUUAUGAUUGAAGCUAAAGAUGGAUACGGACUAACCUCAGAAAUUAAACUAAUCAUUGACAUAAUUGAUGUGAAUGACAACGCCCCACUGAUUAAUCUAAAGUCCCUGUCCAACCCGGUACCUGAGAACGCACCACCUGGUACAGAGGUGGGCAUCAUCAACGUGCAGGACAGAGACUCUGAGAAGAACCGACAGGUCCGCUGCUCCAUCCAGCAGAACGUUCCUUUUAAGUUGGUUCCUUCCAUUAAAAACUAUUAUUCUCUGGUGACCACAGGACAGCUGGACCGUGAACUAGUGUCUGAUUACAACAUUACAAUCAGUGCCACUGACGAGGGCUCUCCACCUCUGUCCUCCUCUAAAACUGUUCAGUUAUCUGUAGCUGACAUCAACGACAACCCACCUGUGUUUGAGGAGCAGUCCUACAGCGCUUAUGUGAGUGAAAAUAACAAACCUGGCUCCACUUUAUGUUCCGUUAGUGCUCGAGACCCGGACUGGAGACAAAACGGUACCGUGAUUUAUUCUCUGUUACCUGCUGAGGUGAACGGCGCGUCGGUGUCCUCCUAUCUAUCAGUUAACGGAGACACGGGGGUGAUCCACGCUGUCAGGUCGUUUGAUUAUGAACAGCUGAGGAGUUUUAAAGUCCACGUGAUGGCCAGAGACAACGGUUCUCCUCCUCUCAGCAGCAACGUGACCGUGAGUGUGUUCGUAUCAGAUGUGAAUGACAACUCUCCUCAGAUACUGUACCCCGCCCCGGAGGGCAGCUCCUUCAUGACCGAGCUGGUCCCCAAAGCUGCACACGGAGGCUCUCUGGUGUCCAAAGUGAUAGCGGUGGACGCGGACUCUGGACAGAACGCCUGGCUGUCCUAUCAGAUAGUCAGAUCCACUGAUCCGGGACUUUUCACUAUCGGUGUGCACAGCGGAGAGAUCAGGACGCAGCGGGACAUUUCUGAAUCUGACAGCAUGAAACAGAACCUGAUUGUAGCAGUGAAAGAUAACGGACAGCCCUCUCUGUCUGCCACCUGUGCCAUGUAUUUACUGCUUUCUGAUAACUUGGCUGAGGUGCCAGAGCUGAAAGAUAUUUCUUAUGAUGACAAGAACUCCAAACUGACCUCGUAUCUGAUCAUUGCGCUGGUGUGUGUGUCCACCUUCUUCCUGACCUUCAUCAUCAUCAUCCUGGGUGUGAGGUUCUGUCGCAGGAGAAAGCCCAGACUGUUGUUUGAUGGAGCAGUGGCCAUUCCCGGAGCUUAUCUCCCUCCUAAUUACGCAGAUGUUGAUGGAACAGGAACUUUACGCAGUUCCUACAACUAUGACGCCUAUCUGACAACAGGAUCUAGAACCAGUGACUUUAAGUUUGUGUCAUCUUACAAUGACAACACGCUGCCUGCUGACCAGACUCUGAAGAAAAGUCCUUCUGAGUUUGCUGAUGUGUUUGGAAGUUGUGAUUCUUCCCCAGAGGUAGGCAGUUAACUCGAUUCAUAUUCCCAAAUUUAUCUUUGUUGCUUAGCAAACUUUCGUUUAUACUUUCAAAUUUAGUAGUCGUUUUCAUUUUGUCUCGUUUCU